AUGCUAAUUUAUGAGGAUUAUCCAGCAUUUUUACAUAACAUCCAGCGUGCAAAAGUAAAACGAUCAAUGGAACUUUUCGCACAGGAACCUGUCGCUAUGAAAGAAAGAGUUAGAAAUUAUUUUUCAAUGUGUCGUCACCUACCGAUGACAAAGAGAAGAGAAAAAAUUGUUAGUUCCUUGUUUUAUGAGUACAACGAGAUAUGGUUUUAUGGUUUCGGAAUCGAACAGAGAUUGCGUGAAAUCAUCUCCGAUCUACAUCAAGUUUUGUUGGACAAAUGCAGGUAUAUUUGUGUAGCAAAAUCAAAAGAAGCUUGA